GGAUUCCUUUCCCGCUUUGGGCAGGCCCAUGGAUGUGACUGGAGAGGGGCAAAUCCUGCCCUGAGAUGGCAUGUGGGGACCCCGGGGGGAUUCUGCUGCACCCCGUGUCAGUGCGGUGUGUUCCCCAAAGGGCAGGGCUCUGCAGCGGGGCUGCCUGCUGCACCCAUAGGUCCCAUAGGGGAUCCCAGGGCUGCCCUGGGCACCGUGGCCCCAACCCUCCCCUUCCUUCCUGAGCGAGCAGGAAGCACCGAGCUCCGGUUCCUGCAGCUGCUGCCGGUCGUUUCCAUAUCCCCCAUGAGCCCUGAGCCCCACAUCCCAUCCUUGCCAUGUGCAGUCACUGCUGGGUUGGAUCCCAGCUCCCUUGAUUGUCCUGGUGUCACCCAGCCCCUGUCUGGGUGCAAAUACAGGCCUUGGUGUCCCCAUUGAGCUCCUGGGACCCCGUAGGGGCAGAGCCACCAGCAUCUCGUGAUGGGAAUUUGAGGAUUUAAACAUCAAACACCGUGGGAACGGGGAAAGCCAGUGGAUUUGGGAGCCUGCGGAUGCCUUUUCCUCUCCUUCCCAGUGCCAUUACCUGCUUCCUGCUGUACCUUAUCUCUCCACAGCCACCUCUGUCCUCACAGGCUUGUCUGAGCCCAGCAGUUCCAUCUGAGUCCGCAGCGAGCAGCCGGGGCUGGAGGGUGUCCCGGGGAAUUGGUAGGAGACGGAGCCUGGGAAGAGACAUUGGUGCCCUUCCGAAGGUCUCAGUGUGCCCGGUGCUAUGCGAUGUUCCCUGAAGCGCUCCCUCACGGCUGCGCUCGCAGCCUCCUUCCUCCUCCUCCUCUUCCUCUAUGGGGGCAGCCGGCAGGAACAGGAUCCCCCAGAGGUGGAGCUCGGGGCCUUGGCCCCGGACAUGGUCCUGCAGCUGCUGCAGCCGGAAGGAGCCCAGCGCAUCCUCAGGGACACGGGCGGCCUCUCUGUGCUCCACAACGUCUCCUACCACCUCCUCGCUGGCUCCCUGUCACCCCACAAAAAAUUCCUGGCGGUGGGAUUGGCGUCGGUGCAACGGCCGCGUGGCUACUACCUCCCGGCCACGCUCCAGUCCCUCUUCAAGCAGUCAACAGAGGAGGAGCUGCAGGAGCUGGUGGUGGUGGUGCACUUGGCCGAUGCAGACCCCAGAUGGAACGUGCGUGUGGCCGCCAACAUCGCCAGCAAGUUUGCUGAGCACAUCCUCCUGGGCCGGCUCCUGCUGAUCCACGCUCCCCACGAGUUCUACCCCACCCUGGAAGGCCUCAAGAGGAACUUCAAUGACCCAGAGGAGCGGGUGAGGUUCAGGUCCAAGCAGAACGUGGACUACGCUUUCCUCCUCGCCUUCGCCGCCAACCUCUCCUCCUACUACCUGAUGAUCGAGGAUGACGUGUGGUGCGCCAAGUCCUUCUUGACGGCCAUCCGCAAGGCACUGGCUUCCCAGGAGGGCUCCAACUGGGCCACGCUGGAGUUCUCCAAGCUGGGCUAUAUCGGGAAGCUCUACCGCUCCAGUGACCUUCCUCGCCUGGCUCGCUUCCUCCUCCUCUUCUACCAGGAGAUGCCCUGCGACUGGCUGCUGGUGCACUUCCGCCUCCUGCUCACCCAGAAGGAUGUCAUCCGCUUCAAGCCCUCCCUCUUCCAACACAUGGGCCUCUACUCCUCCUUCCAGGGCACCAUCAACCGGCUGGAGGAUGACGAGUUCCAGGCUGAUGCCAUGGACCUUCCGGACAACCCUCCGGCAGCCUUGUUCACCAGCAUGUCUGUCUUUGAGAACUACGAGCCCCUCAAGGCCUACAGCACAGCAGAGGGGUAUUUCUGGGGGAAGGACCCCGCAGCCGGCAGCACCUUCUCCAUCGUGUUCCAGCAGCCAGCCCGUGUCACCCGUGUGCGGGUGCGCACGGGCUCCGCCGAGCGCCGGGGUGACAUCCUGCGCGCCGGGGUGCUGGAGCUGGGCCGGCGGCGCCGCCACGAUGGCCGGGACUGCUCUGCUUACACCAUGGUGGGCACCUUCGAGAAGGGGACCUGUGAGCGGCGGGGGCUGGAGAGGGGUGUCCCUGGGCCUGUGGAGUGUGUCAGGAUCCGGGUGACCCGGGGCCAGAGCGAGUGGCUCAUCAUCCAGAGCAUCGAGAUCUGGACCAUGGCGGGCACCUGACCAUGGAGGAGGCAGGUUAUCAACGUGGCUGCGAGAUGCUACAUGAUGAACUCCAGCACCUUCCUGACGUUGUCAAUGUUCUCAGUGGGACCAACAUACACAUGGCAGAAUCACUUCAGUUUCCUCCACGCAGCCCAAGUCCAGUCAGAGCUUUUGGGAGUGCCUGGAGUAGCACAAGUGUCCCCUUCCCAGAGCCCCAAGACCCAGCGGAGUGUUUACAGUGCUCCUGCAGAGCCUUUGCCCAGGACACAAGUGCUCCUGACCAUGCUGUGAGAGCACUGGUUACCAGUGUGGGUGCAAUGGAAAACUUUCUCCCCAGUAUGUUUUUAUCUGCUGCUAAAGCAGGAAAAGAUAAACAUGUAAAUCAACCUUUUACCUGUUGGUCUCUUACCUCUGAAGGUAUUAAUGGGUUUCGUGAUCUUCUCCUGUGCAGAAACAAGCUGCAAUCUCAGUUAUGCUGGUGUAAAUCUGGACAGACUCCACUGAAGAGAGUGGAAAUCCACCCUGUUUACACUGGGUAAGCAGCUGACCCUGGGGAGGGAACCUUCUCCUCUUCCUUCCAGUGCAACACAUUCAUCUCAGCACCAUGACACCCAGUUAACACCGGUGCAAGCUGGAAGAGGAGGAGGAGGCUUCUUUGUCAUGGAGAAGCGCCACAUAAUUUAUCCCGCAGAAAAAUUAUCCCACUAUCUUUAUCCCAGGAAGACUCAGCCGGCUUUCAACACUCUGUACAGAGACCCCUGUCUCCAGUACAGGGGUGGGAUGAUGGAGACUGGAGCUGCAGCGUCCGCUCGAGUGAGCCCCUGCAUCCAACCAUGUACAUGCAGCCACGAUGAGCACAGACCUCAGCCAGGCAAGGGGUCAGGAGCCUCUGGGCUGAGGGGUGAAGGGCAAGGGGACAAAACCAUUUUGGUCUGUUGCUCUCCAUGAAGAUGGUAAAUCAGAGAGGGUUAAAGCUUUCAAACACCAGAGUCCUGGAGGAUGACCCGCUGUCCGUCUUGAACAGCGGAGCUGCCCUGUCUCUUGGGAAGUGGUGCUCAGCAAAGAUCUAGCUCAGCAUCUUGUGGCGGUCGAAAACUGUCUUCCUCUGCUCCUGCACUUGGCGCUUCCAGCGCUGCUGGGCCCCCUCCACCCUCUCCAGCACCGUGUUGGCUCUGGCCCCAGAUGGGGUGGGGGCUGCGGCCAAGGAGCGAGCAUCCUGCAGGGGAAAGAAACAAUGAAGGAGACCAAGGCAUGGGCACCCCCAACACAGGAGGUGGAAGGUGCUGGAGCGGGGCCAGAGAAGGGCAACGGAGCUGGUGAAGGGCCUGGAGCACAAGAAACAUGCACCAGCAGCACAGCCUCACCUCAUUCUCCUCCUCAUUGUGCAGGGGCUGGGUAUAAGCAUCUGGCUUCCGGAUCAGAGGGUCCACCAGCACAAGGAAAGCCAUGUACAGCAGCAAUGCCCCCACCACAGACAAGUAAAUGAUGAUGAUCACCUGCAGUCAAGGAGAGCAGAGAGGAAAAGAAUCAGCAUGUAGGUGAGAAGCAGCACAGAGACCAGGAAACUCCUUUCACAGCUGCCUCGGAUGCUGGGUCUCCUCUCUCAUUCUGAUUUUGCUCACUAGAAAGUCCCCUGCACUUGCAGGAAGUGCUGAUGAGAUGUAAGGGCCGCAAUGUGCUGCUCCUCCCCGCACUGUGCCAAUGUGAAAGGAGCCCAAGAUGUGUCCCUGCUCAGAGGUGCUUGUCGCUGUCACACAUCCUCAGCAAGAAGCCUGGGCUCCCGUGCAGCCUGCUCCUCCCUGCCAGGAGCCCUCCUGGCCCGCACAUGGUGCCCCUGGCAUUACCACCAUGGUUUUAUUUUCCCUUCCUGAGCUCUCCUCCAGGCACCCACCAGUCUGGCUGUGCCUGGGCUGGUGUGGCAUGGCACGAGAAGGAGCCAGCCAUGGGGACAGAGCCACGAUUACCUUGAUGGUGGUGGUGCUGCGCUCCUCGUACUUGCACUCACACAGAAGGCAAUAGGCCUCCACAUCAUUCCCUGGCACUGGCAUUGGCUCCACAACGUGCAGGCAGUUGCUGCAACACAGAGAAACCAAAAUCAGCAACAGGCCAAGAUGAAAGCAAUGCUCUGUGGAAGCACACUGGGGUGACUUUUCCUGUGUCCCAGCUUUCCCAUCAGGCUGAUAACACAGAUCCAGGUUUGAGUUCCCUUCACAGCUCAGCUAAUUCCUGGCACAGACCAUCCAAGCAGGGAUCUGGUCCAUGUGAAAGGAACAGGAGGGUCCACCCUGUAUCUGCUGAGAGCUGUGGCUUAAGGAAUCACACCCCCAGAUUCCUCAGUCUCUGUUCAAAAAGUGCUCCUUGCCUGGGUUGAACAUCCCCUACCAAACCAGCUUCCACUGCAAAUGCACAGGCAGGGAAUCACUUCCCUAGCACCAGCUGGAGACUCGGGAGCAUUGGUUUGCAUGCACUGAACCCCUCAGGCUUGAACCCACACCAACUCACCAGUCCUUCUGUGACACAUUCUUGUUGUAAAUGUGGCCGCUGAUGUUCCGGUACGGGGGGCAGAUGCACUUGCAGCGGAUGUCCUCCGAGCUCUGCAGAACAAGAGAUGGUGUUAGUGAGCGAAGGUGCGGGUGCAGUUCUGCUGCCCUCAGCAAAACACUUUCCAAGAGGACCUCACACCACGUCUCUUCUUCCUGCGCUGCUGCUUUCACAUCAAGAACUCCCCAGUUAAAGUGUCUGCCCGGACACGAGGUACUUUUCAUACACAUUAUAAAACGCAAGCUCCAAAACACAGCAGAAGGCAGAGCAGAGGCCACUGCCAUGAAAAACACACCUCAGCACUCCCUGUCUUUGCAAACUUCCACUGAAAACCAGUUGCUUCCCCACUGCUUUUGUUCCUGUUGCACUACACACACGGUUCAGCGUGUGUCUGAAGCAGGUCACUCACCUUGCUGGCUAGUGCCGGAGGAGGAAGUAUGCAGCAGAGCAGCACCAGCAGCAGCACGGAGCUCGCACACCUCGGGCUGCACUGGGCAAACAUCAUGGAAGCCUGAGGAAACAGAAAUUCACAUCCAGGACAGAGGAUCUCAACUGAAUGCAGCCAGAAGGAGUUAACUGGAGCUUUCCUUUUAUGGCCCACUUUGCCCAGGAAGUAGAAAAUUAUCCCUGAAUCAAGGCUGAUGCCAGUGAGAAACUCCUGGAAACACUUUACACAGAUGCCAAGAAACACUCCCAUCGAAAAAGCUUCCACCUCCUAGAGCCACACCUCCAAACUACAGCAGUCCUGCAGAAAGUAUUGCUGAUUCCCUCACAGAGUGACUUCUGCAAGUCCCCAAUACCCUGUUGUGGUAUUUUGCUGCUGACAGUUUUGCCCAGUAAAAGAUACAGAAGCAGGAAAACCACAGACCAAGAGUGACCUGAAGAAGGACACUGGGGCCUCGCUGCUGUACUGCAUAGUAAGUGUCAAAUCAUUCAUCUUCUGGCACUCCAGUUGCGCUUGGAGUCAGCAUAUUUGCCUCUCUCAUGAGCCAUGAACUAUGGGAAGGAGGUGGAAUAUUUACGGAUUCCUAAACCUCCUCCUUUUCCCCAAAAUAUCUGUUCAGUAAAAUUCUGAUUUUUCACAACUCUUUCAA